AUGGCUGCCCAGCGCAUCUCAGCCGCCCUCCUGAGAUGGAAUGCAGCACGGGUUAGCAUUCUCAAGUGCGUUCAGCUGGAACACAUCUCGGCUCCCCUCUCACAAGUCUCUUUUGGCCAGCACUCCUUGGAAACAAGAGAAAACCAGCUGCGAUGUGGUGGGGCGCAAAACGGCGCCAGCGAUGCAGUCAAAGAUUCUCUCCAAGAUGGAGACACGGUGCUUCCUUCCGAUAAGAGCACGGCUUCAUUUGAUAAGCGCACCAGUUCUGAUGAUAAGGUCACAGAGCCGCUGCGCCACAGGGAGGUGAAGGCGGGAGACCGAGUAACAUCAGCGGUGUGGAUGCGUGAGACAAAGAAGCGGAACAAGGUGCUGGAGCCUGCUGUAGAGAAAAUUAUAGCAGUGCACGGGGAAGAGAAGCUGCACAAGUUGUUUGAGGAUCUGCAGGCCAAGUGGCGCAUGAACGGUGCGUCCGCUUGUGGCCGGAUGAUCUACUGUCUGAGGCGGCUGAUCGACAUGAAGGACGUUGAUCGAACCUUAUUGUUGAUGCGGUGGCUGUCGGAGCGCAGCCACUACAAGGACUCGCGCAAGCUGAGGGUGACACGUGGCAGGGUGGGGGAGAUGCUCCAAACGCUGGGCCUGCCGGUGCCGCCAGACUGCGUCUACGUGCGCCCCGCCAAGAAGCCCAGUAAACCCACGUGGUUCAUUGAAGGACCCCCGCUACACGAGCGGAUCAAGAACGCGCCUCGGGAGCCCCAUUGGACCGUCAGAGGGCAAGGGUAGGGGCAUAAGCGGGCAGAGGUGGAGCAUAAGCGGGCGUUUCUGGAGGAGCGGUGGUCCCUGAAGAGACCCGAAUGGGCAUUCAAUGGAGGUGGCCCGAAGGAGUGGCUUUCUGCAUUCACUGCAGAAGUUCAAGAGCGGGCCGUUACUAAGUACUCCGUACAGGCUUUUUUAACUCAAGAUGGUUCCUUGGACCCUGGGCUUGCGCGUUCACACGAGUUUGGAUGAAAGCCCAGCUCCCUGGUCAGCAUGCCGUCCACAGCUUAAUUCCAUCCAUAGCAAAAGCUCAGGCAGGCUGUACAACAUACUGGUUUCAAAAAAGAGCUUUUGGGCGCUCUUCAUUAAACUGGAGGUUUUUGAAGUAUUCGUGCG